CCUUUCUUUUUGUUGAUCUCAGGUGCUAACCGUGUGACCCUGGAGGACUCCAACAUCCUUCAGCCGAUGGGACUCACUGUGCUGGGGAAUCACUUGUACUGGAUUGAUCGUCAGCAGCAGAUGAUUGAGAGAGUGGAGAAAAUGAACGGGUACAAAAGGACUAGAAUUCAAGGCCGAAUUGCUCACCUAACAGGCAUUCAUGCUGUGGAAGAGCUUGAUAUGGAGGAAUUCUCUGUGCAUCCAUGUUCCCGUGACAAUGGUGGGUGUUCACACAUCUGCAUUGCCAAAGGGGAUGGGACUCCAAGAUGUUCAUGCCCCGAGCACCUUGUGCUUCUACAGAACCUCUUAACAUGUGGAGAACCUCCAACUUGUUCCCCAGACCAGUUUACCUGUGCAACUGGAGAGAUUGACUGUAUUCCAAUGGCAUGGCGGUGUGAUGGAUUUCCAGAGUGUGAUGACCAGAGUGAUGAAGAUAGUUGCCCCAUAUGCUCUGCAGCCCAGUUCCAGUGUGAGAAAGGACAAUGUAUUGAUGCACACUUGCGCUGUAAUGGAGAAAUUGACUGCCAAGAUAAAUCCGACGAAGCAGAUUGUGAUACACUUUGUCUACCCAAUCAGUUCCAAUGUGCAAGCGGCCAGUGCAUCCUCCUGAAGCAACAGUGUGACUCCUUUUCAGAUUGCAUUGACGGUUCUGAUGAGCUUAUGUGUGAAAAAACAAAGCCAGCUUCAGAUGAGUCACAGCCACACAGUAGUGCCAUUGGUCCUGUCAUUGGUAUAAUACUGUCACUUUUUGUCAUGGGAGGAAUGUACUUUGUUUGCCAGCGAGUCGUGUGUCAGCGCUAUGCCGGGCCCAAUAGUCCUUUUCCACAUGAGUAUGUCAGUGGCACCCCUCACGUCCCUCUUAAUUUUAUUGCUCCAGGAAGUUCUCAACAUGGCACUUUUACUGGCAUCUCUUGUGGAAAGUCCAUGAUUAGCUCUAUGAGUCUCAUGGGAGGAAGCAGUGGUGCCCCCUUAUAUGACAGAAACCAUGUUACUGGAGCCUCUUCGAGUAGCUCAUCCAGCACUAAAGCCACUUUCUAUCCACAGAUCUUGAACCCACCUCCUUCCCCAGCUACCGAUCGCUCCCUGUAUAAUGCAGAGAUGUUUUAUUCCUCAAACAUUCCUUCAACCACAAGAUCUUACAGGCCAUACCUUAUACGAGGGAUAGUUCCACCCACAACCCCAUGCAGCACAGAUGUUUGUGACAGUGACUAUACUACUAGUCGAUGGAAGGCCAACAAAUACUAUAUAGAUCUAAAUUCAGACUCAGACCCUUAUCCCCCUCCACCCACACCUCGCAGUCAGUACAUGUCGGCAGAAGAAAGUUGCCCUCCAUCUCCUGCCACAGAACGAAGCUAUUUUCACCUCUAUCCCCCUCCACCCUCUCCUUGUACAGACUCCUCAUGACCUCAAAACAGAAGGAACUUUUCCUGUAAAUAUUUUAAAAUAUGAACAGAUUUAAAAUAUAUAUUUUAUGAUUUAAAAAAUAAAUUGGGGGGGAUUAAAAAAAUGAAAUGUGAAUAAAAAUGUGUGGGAGGGAUGGGGCUGUGAAAAAUUGUACAGAGGAAGAAUAUUUAUAAAAUUGAUUUUUUUAACUUAA